GAACCGUUAUAGAAAUAUCAUCAAAAUGAGUGACGCUGUUACCAUCAGAACUAGAAAGGUUAUUUCCAACCCAUUAUUAGCCAGAAGACAAUUUGUCAUUGAUGUCUUGCACCCAAACAGAGCUAACGUCUCCAAGGACGAAUUAAGAGAAAAGUUGGCUGAAAUUUACAAGGCUGAAAAGGAUGCUGUUUCCGUUUUCGGUUUCAGAACUCAAUUUGGUGGAGGUAAGUCUACUGGUUUCGGUUUAAUUUACCAAUCCGUUGCUGAUGCCAAGAAGUUCGAACCAGCCUACAGAUUAGUCAGAUACGGUUUAGCUACCAAGGUUGAAAAGGCUUCCAGACAACAAAGAAAGCAAAAGAAGAACAGAGACAAGAAGAUCUUUGGUACUCAAAAGAGAGCUGCCAAGAGAGCUGCCAGAAGAAACGCCGAUUAAGCUUGAAAUGUUUAUAUUAUAUUACUUUAUUUCAAUCAUGGAUAUAUAAUAUUUAAUUUUGGGUUUAGUUAAUAAAAAGAAACCCUCCGAAUGUAUAUUAUAAAUGG